AUGAAGAAGAAGGGGACUCGUGGCCGCCCACGAAAACAACAAAUUGCCGCACCUGUUAUGUCUGUAGAAGAUGAUGGUGAACAAGUUGUGACGCCAGCAGCAGGUGAAGAAGAAAAUGCAACUGAAGAAAGAAUUAUCACUACAACUGCACAAGAAGAAGAAAAAGCAGAAGAUAAUAUCAUGACUGAGAUGAAAAUGGAAACAUCUGCCGAUGAAACUUUGGAGGAAGAGCCUGAAGCACAGGAAGAGCAGGUGCAGGAACAAGAACAAGAACAAGAACAGGAACAAGAACAAGAGCAAGAAGAAGCUACGACGGCUAAUGGUGAUGAAAUAAAAAAGGAAGAUUCUGAUAUUAAAAUGGAGACGGCGAGUAUAGUUGGGGGAUCUGGAGAUGGUGAAAUGGAAGAUGCCCAUGCUUUGCUACCAGAAAUUGAAGAAACGGAAUUUGUUGAGAACGAAGUUUACAAAGGCUUGAGAGCACAGAGUGUGAAGCCAAAAGUAGCUGUAGCACUGAUUGAAUUAUACGAAGCAACCGAUAUGUCCCCGCAAGAACUUGACGAUCGUGCAAUUGAAAUGCUUCGCUCUCUUCCGCUUGAACAUGCAUUGUUCAUCAUUAAAGAGGUGAAGGAGUCGAAACUCAUGGGCGUUCAAAACAAAGCGCAGUUUUUAAUGUCAGUUAUGCGCAAUUUUCGCGACAAAGUGCGACAGCUUGGAGCAAACGUUGCUCUCUCACAAAAGUUGGUCAAUGGACCUUCGGUUGAAAAAAUCAAGGAGAUUUUGGAUCGAACAGCAUACAAUUUAGAAGUGACUAUUGGCCAGCGAAAAUACGGCGGACCACCACCAGAUUGGGAUGGACCAGCAGCAGGUCCACAGGGAUCAGGGCACGAGAUUUAUAUCGGCAAGAUUCCGAAAGAAGUUUACGAAGACACUUUGAUUACUCUUUUCGAAGAUAUGGGAAAGAUUUGGGAUCUGCGGCUUAUGAUGGAUCCGCUAACGGGAAGAAAUCGUGGCUACGCUUUUCUGACAUAUUGCGACAAGACAUCAGCCUAUGAAGCUGCUAAGAAGUUUGAUGGUUACGAAAUAAUGCCCGGAAAAAAUCUGAAAGUGAACGUGAGCGUUGCCAACACACGACUGUUUAUUGGGAACAUUCCAAAAUCGAAGUCAAAAGAGGAAAUUCUUGCGGAAUUUAAAGAACACACAGAGGGCGUGACAGACUGCAUAAUUUAUUCAAGUCCUGAUGCAGGGGAAAGCCGCAAGAAUCGUGGCUUCUGUUUCCUUGAUUUCUGUGAUCAUAAAACCGCAUCAGACGCAAAACGCAAAAUUCAUGCUGGCAAGCUGCGACCAUGGAAUUCGGAUUUGGUAGUAGAUUGGGCUGAACAGCAGGAGGAACCUGAUGAAGAAACAAUGGCAAAAGUUAAGGUAUUAUAUGUGCGGAAUUUAAAAGAGGCCGUUACUGAAGAGCAACUUAAAGAAAUGUUUUCGGCUUACGGUGAAGUUGAUCGAGCAAAAAAAAUUCGCGACUAUGCCUUUAUUCAUUUUAUGGAAAGAGAACCCGCUAUUAAGGCGAUGGAAGCACUCAACGGUACAGAAUUGGAGGGGAUCGCAAUUAAUAUUUCCCUUGCGAAACCCCAAAGCGACAAGAAAAAAAUGAUGCGUGGACGCGGCCGGGGUUUUGGUGUACGAGGCGCAUUUGGUGAUUUUGGCUUUGGUCGCGGCCUGCGAGGUGGACGUGGUACACCUGGUUUCGGACGUGGUAGUUUUGGUGGACCAACUGAUUUUAGUUACAGUGGUUAUGAUCCCUAUGCGGGCUAUGAAGAAUUAUAUGGUUAUGGAACACCUCCAGGUGCAUAUGGAUAUGGCUACGACGCUUAUGGUUAUGGUCCUGACCCUUAUGGUUACGGGUAUGGUACACCGCCGGUGGGAGGCCGAGGAGGUCGAGGUGGCAUGCCAGGAGGCGGAUUUCAACCGCGUGGUUCUGCGGGUCGAGGUCGUGGUACAGGAGGUCGGGGCGGUCGUGGAGCGACGACACCUCGAGGUGCUAAGCGACCAGGUGAUGCUGCCGGCGGUCCCGCGUCAAAGCGAGAGUUUGGCAGUGAUGAUUUCUCAGCUGAUGUUAAUAUGAAUUCAUUUUAA